GCCCAGCCGCAUCAGCCCCAGCCGGUUGUCCUCACGCUCCCUCUUCUCGCCGCUGGUGACAUCAUCAGCUGGGGGAGGGUCGCCAUCGCCACUUGGCACGGCUGUAAGCCGCAAGUUUGCGCAAGGAGUCGCGUGGGCGGAUGGCUGCAACUCCCCCAGCGGCGAUGGCAUUGAGCAGCAGCAGCAGCAGCAGCAGCAGCAGCAGCAGCAGCAGCAGCAGCAGCAGCAGCAACAGAAAUAA